AAUUUUAUUUGUUUACAUGAGGUUUAUAGAUACAUUACAUGACUGUUCUUGUCUCUAUGGUUUGAUAUGUCGACUCCUGCUCUAGCUGGGCAGCCUGACACGGCAUGCAUGAGAGUGGGACAAGGGGAGGGGGAUAAUCAAGAUACUGCUGAGAUACUGGAGACGCAGUUAAAAGAGCUCCAGAUGGCAAUAUCGGACAAGGACUCUGCCAUUGCUCUGUUAGAGCACCAGCUACACGAGACCACACCCACUACAGGCCGUGGAGGAAAUGCUGAGUCAGCAGCUCAACGAAUGUCAUCUCUUAAACAACUUAAAAGAGAACGAUCGAAUCUAACGACACUUCUCAAAGAUAAGGUGAGGGAGCGGAUGAGGUUGUUCAAGCGUGACUCAGAGGAGACUAUUGGAGCACUGUCCUCUCAUCAUCAGACCAGCAAUAAGCGACAGGUGUGUGAUGUGUUGAGAUCACUGGAGAGGGGAGACUAGGACACUGAAGGAGACCAUCGAUCGUCUGUUUGCUGUCAUACUGGAUAGAGAGCUAUCGCUAAUGGAGGGGUUGCCACGGAUACAGCAGGAGGUGGGGCUGACCUUUGACCUUCUCGGCGCUGCCUCAAUGACUGAAUUACUUGAGGAGCUGGAGGUUAGAGAGAGGGGGUGUGUCAGUCUCCAAGAGUACGCUGACCUUUUGACCCUGAGAAUUACUGAACAUGACCCGAGCUACCUUAAUUAGUCAUGACCUUUGAACUCUCUACACCUUUUGUGUACAUAAUUAUGUCAAAUCAUAAUCAACAAAUCACUUUUAACCUUGUACAAUCAUCACCUGUCUUUACGUGCGGCGUUUUUACUCACUGAAUUAUAUUUACCGUGAACUGAA